AUGGCUAACUUCUCUGUUGAGUGGCUCUCCAAAAGUUAUUACACCACGCAAAAGGACACCGAGGAGGCUAUUCUCCAGGCUACCACACAGUUUAAGGAUGACUCAGUUCAGACAAAAAUAAACACCGACGGGCUUCUUCAUACUGAGAUUGAAGGGCAUGGGAAGCAAUCAAGAAGCCAGUACACUCCGACCUCGCCAAACAAUAGCUGUGGUUACUCGUCCGGGUCUGAGAGCGAGGUGGGAGAUGACAGCGAGGGUGAAGCUACCCAGCAGCGGAGGAUGAGGACCAAGUUUACCUCAGAGCAGAUCAGCAAACUGGAGAAAACCUUCAGCAAGCACAAAUACCUGGGCGCCACGCAGAGGAGGGCAAUUGCUGAGAAGCUCAACCUUUCUGAAACUCAGGUGAAAACCUGGUUCCAGAACCGGAGGAUGAAGCUGAAGCGUGAGGUGCAGGAUAUGCGUCCUGAGUUUCUGUCCAGCCCGGCCGGUCUGCUGCCGCCCCUCCUGUUUCAGCACCCCAGUCUGAGUGGACAGCUCCCCGCCUACAGCCACAGCGCCUUCCACCCGCAGCCGCUCCACAGGAUCCAGUUUCCCCCACAGCUCCCAGUUCAACAGCACCACCUCCACCCAGUCAUCCUGCCUCCUGCCUAUUACUGA